GUCAGUCGUGAUUAAAUAAUGGUUGAAGUGAGAUAUUUUUAAAUUGAUGGCAAUAUGCCUUUUGCGGAAUUAGACCUGUGAAGAGUUUUCUAUUAGUGAUAUUCAAAGUUUUCAUACAAUGAAAUAAUUCGUGCUUAUUUUGAAUGAUAAUCAAGAAAAUAACGUAUAAUGGAGAAAUUGUCGUACAAACUUAAGAUUUUCGUGAAAACGGUGUUUUUCUUCCUUUUAGCAUGCAGUUGGUACCGAUUCUUGCUGUUUCCUACUUAUGUGUUCAAACAGCCAACCUAUCAUUUUUGAAAUUUUUGUCAUUAAAAUAUCCCCAAUAUGAAUUUUCCAGAACAAAAAAAAUACGAACACUAAUUGAAACGACACGAAAUCCUGGAAUUUUCAGUUAUCUUUUAAAAAUUGAUGGAAUAUGUGAUUUCGAAAAAAUUUGUGAAUAUUACAAUACACACUUAAUUGAUAAAAGGAAUAAAUCUGGAGAAUUGAGGUUUCCUAAACUUCGCCGAAAAUUACUUUCAUGUUGGGGUCACUAUGCUUGGAUGAAAGACGACAGUGAAUUCAGAGCAGAACAACAUAUUAUUCUUAGUCCAAGCACGUAUCGAAGGCGACCAAUAAACGAAAAUAAUAUUCAGAGUUAUGUUAGUGAUAUUAUUUCCAAACACAUUCCAUUUGACAUUCCACCAUGGCAAGUUCUGAUCAUCCCUACAAAUCCGGGAAUUGUAGGUGAAUCAGAAAUACAAACUCCUGCAUCAUCACCACAACCACAAAUCGUUCAAGAGAUUCCUCAAGACAAUGUAGACUACUACUAUAUACUUGUGCGUGUACAUCAUCUCAUUUUAGCAGAAGAGGAGGAGCUUAAACCAAACGAUUUAUUGCUUAUCAAACCGUCAUCAAAAACCGUUGAGAUAUUCGAACCACCCGCUGCUACCACCUCCAAUCUAAUCGGAUUUUUGAAGAAACCAAAACAUAUACCGAAUCUCUGGACACAUAUUACUAUGAGUGCAAGCAACCGUUGGAAUGAAUUCAUCUACCACUAUGAUCCUUUAGAAUCGCCAGAUGUGGACAAAAAACAGCCAAUUAAUUGCUUCAGUCAACUUUUAUCCAUACUCUUUAUAACCACUUUCACGGUUUGCAGUGAUUUCAUAAGAGAAUACAACAAGAUAAAGAAUCACCCGCAGUAUAAAAUCAAAUUUCUGUUCAAUUUAAUCAGGCGCGAAUCUCAUAAAAGAAAUUUGAAUCGAAAAGCACUUACAGAUUCAAUUUUAUAUUCAUUCAAUCCAAUGAAUAUUCUGAAGUUUUUAAUGGCACUUUUCUGGCAGAUUAUAUUUACGGUAAUAUUUCUGUCGCCAUACUACAUCUACAGAGAAUUCCUUGCAACGCGGGACAUAUUGGCAAUAGGACGCACGAAGCAUACAAGCACGGUAAUAUCUGUUCUGGCAGUAUAUUUGCCUCUUAUUUAUUUCGCUGUGAAGGAACUUCUGGAUAUUAUUAGCGAAGUUGCCAAGGCGCCCCGAUUUGUUUAUGAAGAAUUAUUCGAGUCUCCGACCAGAGAAAGUAACGUUCUGCAAGUGAAGUCGUACCGAGGACGUCGGGUUGUGUCAAUUUCCAAACCAAUCGAUAUGGAAAUAUUACGAAAUCGAGUUACUAUUGAUGAGUAUAUCGAGUCGGAAUUUCUAUAUUCCUGCCUGGCAGCAGCUUUAAAAAAAUUUUUGAGUGGUUAUGAAAAUUUCGAAGUACCUUCUAUGAUCAAUGUUACUUCCCGAUCUUUCGAAAAAGGAUAUUUCCUUACUAAAGACAACAAAUAUGAUCACAUUAGUGGUGUAGUAUUUCAUCAGUUGCCAUUAGCCGAGCCCAAUUUAAAUCAAUUAAAGGCAAUACGAGAAAUUACGGAAAGGAUACGCCGCAAGCAGAUUGCCAUCUUUCUCGUUUCAUUGGGACAAACAAGAAAUGAUUUCAUCACAAAAAUGCUACCGGAGGUCAUCUUGAAGGUGCUCAUCAAUCACUUCUCUAUAAACUUUCCCAUUACUAUAACAGAAAUUCAUGGGGACUUCACUAAUGCACAAACAGUUUGGGGGCAAAGUUUGCAGGAUUUAUUAUGCUUUAGACCACAACAAUCGAAGACUUGUCUAUCAUUAAAUAUUCAUAUCACUGGAAGUAAAUGUCGGCUAGCUGUAAUGGCCGAUUCGCAAUUGGCACCAAAUCAUAUAAAAAUUUCAGAGGCUUGGACACAUUAUAUGGAAAGCACGACUCUGUGAGAGUAGAACAAUCUAUUAUUAUAAAAAGAAACCGCUGAAAAAAUAAACAUAAAAAAAGAA